AUGCUAUUUUUUGUCGAGUCCACAUUUACACAACAGUGCGAUCAACCUUUGAAAACGGCACGUUUCGAUUGUCAUCCUGAACCAUUUAUAUCACCAGAAAAAUGUCUGGCUCGUCGCUGCUGCUGGAACCCGCUGGUUUCAUUGACGACUCAACCGCCCAAAAAUCAUUCGAUUAACUCUAUUGAAGUGAAUGUACCUUGGUGUUACUAUCCACGAGAUUUUCCAACAUAUCAAAUAAAGACGAAUGAAUCAACUGAUUUUGGUCAACGAUUAACAAUUGUGAAACAACAAUCGAUCUAUAAGCCGAAUGAAAUUUUAAAUUUGACAGUUGAUCUUCUCUACGAAACAGCACAACGAUUUCGUCUACGGAUUUAUGAUUCAACGAAGAAACGUUUCGAAGUUCCACUUCAAGUACCUGUCAUUAAAACAAAAGUUAAUGUCACUGAUUACGAAGUUUCCAUCAGUCAAGUACCAUUUGCCAUUCUUGUCAAAAGGAAAUCGACUGGGGUAACACUAUUCGAUUCCAGUGUAUCACCGCUCAUCUAUGCCAAUCAAUUCAUCAAAUUUUCUAGCCGCCUUUCCAGUCCAUUUCUCUAUGGUCUAGGUGAACAUCGGCAACCACUAUUAAUCAAUAUCACAAAUGAAUGGAGAAAACUAACAUUUUGGACUCGUGAUUUUCCUCCAGUUCAGCACGUUAAUUUGUACGGUGUUCAUCCAUUUCAUAUCAAUGUGGAAAUGAAAAACAAUUCGCCAACGAAUUUUCAUGGACAUUUUUUUCUCAAUUCAAAUGCAAUGGAUAUUGAUCUUCAACCAUUACCUGCCAUUACUUAUACAACAAUUGGAGGUAUCAUUGAUUUGUAUUUAUUUACUGGACCUUCAGCUCAAGAUGUCAUUCAACAAUAUUGGGAUGGGAUCGGAAAGCCUACAAUGCCACCUUACUGGUCUCUUGGUUUUCAUCUAUGUCGUUAUGGAUACAAUAAUAUUGACAGAUUACGAGCCGUUAUUCAACGAAUGCAUGAUGCCGAAUUCCCAUACGAUGCUCAAUGGACAGAUAUUGAUGCAAUGUCAUCUCAUCUUGAUUUUACUUAUGAUCAAACACAUUUCAAUGGUCUUCCAGAUCUUGUUCAUUCGUUGCAAUCUGAGGGUAAAGAAACCAACAACAAUGAUAAUCAUAAAUCUAAUCACACUAUUGAUUCAUCUCAAAGUAAUAAUCACGGUAAAUAUUCGCAAUCAUCUUUGAAAGACUUAGCCAGUAGUACAACUUUAGCUUUAGAAGAUAUAAAUACACGACAACAACCAACAUUUUCAUAUGUUUUAGCUAUAUUUGAUAAAAUGUUUACAGUUAUUUUUACAACUGAAUUAAUAUUAAAAUGGUUUGCAUAUGGCAUAACAAAUUAUUUGAAAAAUGGUUGGAAUAAAUUAGAUUUUAUUAUUGUUGUUGUUAGUGUACUUGGAACUGUUCUUGAUUUAUUUGAUGUAGCUGAUAUUCCAGCAUUUAAAUCUAUGAGAACAUUACGAGCUUUACGUCCAUUAAAAGCACUAUCAAGAUUUGAAGGCAUUCGAGUAUGA